CCCAAAUGACACGCAAGAGCAGAGCGACAUCAGAGAGACAGAGACACAGCAAGACCAGGCACUGGAGAAAUGGAAGAAGCUUUUUUCCAGCUUGGCCAAGAAUUCACCAGGCUUCAGCAUUUAUGUGCAAAGCAGAGCGAGCUGCUACAGAAGCUGAUUCCAGGGAAGGACCCACUCAUCGAUCUGCCCACUUCGAUGCCAAUCCAAUGCACCGAUGAUACAGUCGGAGAGGAAGUGGAAAGACCCAACUUCAGACAGCCAGGAACAAAGCCCUCCUCUGCCAUCACGGUCUGCCCAGCAGCUCCUAGACUGCGUGACUCUGCUGUUCUCCAGAACCAGCCCCAAGCUGUAGACGUGCUGUCUGCCUUGGCUGUGAAGUACCCACCGUGUGCAGAAAAUGACCGUUUAUUAAGCAGUGGGAAUGGGAAGCUGGAUUUUGCAAGAGCCCUUUGCAGCCAGCCCUGCGACACGCCAGAUAUGGGCAACAUGGCAAAUUUUGAUGCACAGUUGAAUGAUGAUAUGGCAUUUCCUGCCUUUAACAUUAACAAGAGAGACUCCCUAGCUAGUUCUGCCCCUCAAGACUUUGCUCUUCAAAAUCCAGUGUGUGUAGACUCCCUUUUCCACUCUUUGGAUCUGUAUGAAGACCCCCAGGAGGCACCGACGGAAUAUGCUCCCAGGCACAGCGCUCUGCCUACAGAGAUGAAAGUUCCCGUAGAAAUACGAGGACCUGUAAAGACUUCCUGGACUCCGGGGUGGAUGCUGGAAGAUGGCCCCCUGGGUGAGAGUGGGCCUCCGGAUCCUGAAGCUACCGAGCACAUGCAGACCUGUGACUUUUCCCAAGCCCUCUUCCCAGCUGCAACAGCCCAGGGAGACUAGCUCAAACAUCUUCUGGCUCAUAUGGAAUAGGACUGGAUGGUCCCCCAUUAGGCCGUGUACUUAUAUUCUUGUACUCCUAGGCUUAAACCCACUUGCUGUGGUUAACACAAUGGAGCAAUGUGGGUAGCAUCUGCUUUUAACUUUGCGGCCCAGGUGCCGAGCAUCCAUUUAUAGAUGGGAAGCCUGAGGGCAGCCCUCAGCAAAAGCGAGCCGUACUGGUGCACCGCAAUAGUUUGGACACCACAUGCCCGGGCAAGAAACUAGAGGAGUGUCGAGAAGCCCCAACUAACCCCAAUGUCUGACUGUGCUCCAUGCUGUAUAAACACCCAGUAGGAGAUUCUGCUUUGGAGAAGUCACCGGG